GGAUGUUUAUUAUUCUGCCGUAAAUUAGGCCUUUAAACCACCGUUUAACCGGUUCCGUGUGUAACAGAACCGGGCCUUGGACGGAUCCCGUCUAGAGAAAGUCUGGAACUGCAGUUCUUCUCUUCAUUUGAUACAAUUCCUGAGCCGCUGCGGACUUUUAUGUUGAAAAUCCUCCCAGCGGAAGUUGUGUUUUACGGCGCUGAUCCUUCAUCAGCUGGACGGAUCCGCUCUGACCCACUUCGCCGUACAGAGGGACGGAACCAGCGACCAGACGGUACCGAACCCAGAGAGGCCUGCUUCUCCGCCCAGAACACAUCCGGACCGGCACCGAGCUCCGGUCCAGUCCCGGUUCUUGGAGAGAUGAGCGCAGCUGUUAGCGCGAAGGAGCCUCAGCGCGGCUGAUCCCGGAUUACGCAGCGAGCCGUUGGAGCCUGGUGAGGCGGCCAUGUUGGAUUUCUUCGUCAGGGUUCUGGUGUUGACUCGUCUUCACCCUUCGCCUCACUGCAGCUCCCUGCCAACCUAACUCCUCCUCCUCUCUUCCCCGGACCGGAACCAGAACCAGGGGCGGUUCUGUGUGUUUCUGGCUGUGGUGCCGUCAGGGUCCAGGUCCUGGUACCUCGUGGAAAAUGUCCUAUGCACAUCCAGACCUGCUCACCUGGAGCCCAGCUCACCUGCUGCGCUUGCUGCUGGCGCACCUGUGGCUGCUGGCUCCGCCCACAGGCGUGUCAGCGGACCUGUGCCGGGUCUCCGGCGGCGUGCUCGGCGUCCACUGGAGCAGCACCCUGAGCCUGGGCUGGACCCCGCUGGCGUCCGGCAGAGGCGGCGCCACCUGCUGGGAGUGGUGCUGCCUGGAGCCGCGCUGCGGCGCCGUGUGGAGCAUCGGGGGGCGCUGCGUGCUCCUCGGCUGCUCCAGGGAGGACGGCUGCAUCAUCUCCUCUCUGCCUCCGCCUCACGAGGAGUCGCUGGGCCUCCUGCAGCUGCUCUCCAAGGGCCCGGUCACAGCGAGGCGCAGGAAGCCUCGGCACGCUCUACAGGAACGCAGCCACAGGAAGCACCUCGCCCACACGGAAAGCUCGUCACAGAAAACGCCUCCUGCAGCUCCUGCAGCUCCCACGGCCCCCAGCGUCAUCACGCUCCUGCAGACAGCCCGGCAGAACCUCAGCCGGUCCAAUGGCAGCGCAGACGGCCUUCCUGCUUUGUCCCUGCAGAACGCCACCGUCGACGCCGCGCCGUCUUCCAAUGAGAGCGCUCCCACUCCGCCAGCAGCCAGGGAGCUGGUGGUGUCGGCCGGAGAGAGCGUGGAGGUGACGCUGCCUCGCAGCGAGGUGGAGCUCAACGCCUACGUGGUCCCGCCUCCCCCCCCAGGAACCAACUAUGCAUUUAACUGGCGCCUGAAAACUCAUCCCAAAGAUUACAGCGGAGAGAUGGAGGGCAAGAAAGGCAAGACGCUGAAGCUCAGCAAGCUGACGGUGGGCUUGUAUGAGUUCGAGGUGACGGUGGACGGGGACGGAGCGCUUGGACGUGGUUUUGUCAACGUCACCGUCAGACCAGAACCGCGUGUGAACAAGCCUCCGGUGGCCGUGGUUGACCCCAAGUUCCAGGAAAUCUCUCUGCCGACCAGCUCCACGGUGAUCGACGGCAGCCAGAGCACCGAUGAUGACAAGGUGGUGGCCUGGCACUGGGAGGAGGUCAAAGUGCCGCUGAGCGAUGACAAGCUCUCUGCCGACACGCCCGUCCUCACCCUCACCAACCUGGUUCCAGGAAACUACACCUUCAGUCUGACGGUGACGGACUCUGACGGCGCCACCAACUCCACCCAGGCCACGCUCUGUGUGAACAAAGCCACCGACUACCGGCCCGUGGCCAACGCCGGCCCAAACCAGGUGCUGCAGCUGCCGCGGAACGCCAUCACGCUGUACGGCAACCAGAGCACCGACGACCACGGCAGCCUGUCCUACGAGUGGUCGCUGAGCCCCGAGAGCAAGGACAAGGUGGUGGAGAUGCAGGGCGUCCGCACGCCGACGCUGCAGCUGUCGGCCAUGCAGGAGGGAGACUACACCUUCCAGCUGACGGUGACCGACUCGGCGGGGCAGCAGGACACGUCGCAGGUCACCGUCAUCGUGCAGCCAGAGAACAACAAGCCGCCCACAGCAGACGCCGGGCCGGAGAAGGAGCUGACGCUGCCGGUGGACAGAACCACGCUGGACGGCAGCAAGAGCAGCGACGACCAGAAGAUCGCCGCCUACCGCUGGACCCAGACCAGCGGUCCCGGUGGCGUGAAGAUCGAGAACGCCGACGGGGUCGUCGCCACGGUGACGGGCCUCCAGGUCGGCGCCUACCGGUUCAAGCUGACGGUGACGGACGACCGGCAGCUGGAGAGCAGCGACACGGUGACCGUCAUCGUCAGGGAAGAAACGGACCAGCCGCCCGUGGCCCGGGUUCUGUCCAGCCCGCCGGUCUCGCUGCCCGUCAGGACGGCCGCCCUGGACGGGUCGCGCUCCUCCGACGACAAAGGAGCUCUGACGUUCCUGUGGAGCCGAGACGACAGCAGCCCAGCAGCCGGGGACGUGCUGAACAACUCUGACCACCAGGCGGUGCUGUUCCUGGGGAACCUGGUGGAGGGGAAGUACAGCUUCACCCUGAAGGUCACCGACAGCAAAGGACAGAGCCACGCCGACAGCGGCACCGUGGAGGUGCAGCCAGACAGGUGGGAGCGUGAGCUGGUGGAGCUGGUGCUGGAGGUGGCCGUUUCCCAGGUGUCCCAGCGUCAGCGGGACCUGCUGGUCCGUCAGGUGGGCGUCCUGCUCGGCGUCUUCGACAGUGACAUCAUCAUCAGAGACAUCAGUGCGUUCAAUGAGCACAGCACCCGGCUGGUCUUCCUCGUGCUGGGCGGUCCAGGGCGCCCCCCGCUGUCCGGCCGCAGCGUCACGCUGAGCCUCCGCAGCAAACUGCGCAAACAGAAGAACGAGUUCCUGAUCUUCAAAGUGCGCCGCGUCGACACCGUCAUUUGCCAGCUGAACUGCUCCGGCCACGGAGACUGUGACGCCUUCACCCGCAGGUGUGUGUGCCACCCGUUCUGGAUGGAGAACCUGAUCAGAGCUCAGCUGGGGGACGGAGAGAGCAACUGUGAGUGGAGCGUGCUCUACGUCACCAUCGCCUCCUUCAUGAUCGUCUCCGCCGUGGCGACGCUGGUCUGGUUGAUGGUCUGCUGCUGCAACAGACGGCGGAGCAAAGCUCGGCGAGGAAAGAGUCGAUACAAGAUGCUGGAAGGAGAGGAGCAGGACGUCCUGGAGCUCCAGCAGCCGAGAACCACCCGUCUGAAGCCGGUUCCCGGGCCCACGUCCUCGGCUCUCAUGCACUCGGACUCUGACCUGGACAGCGAUGAGGGCCAGGAGCGAGGACACCUGCUGCGGCCCCAGAACGGCUCCCUGAAGAACGGCCAGGGGCCCCCCCGGGGCAAGAAGCCCCGAGAGGAGCUGCUAUAGGGCCCGCCGGGCGGCGCCGGUCCGGACGGUACCGCCGCUCCCGCUCUGAGCCGGAACCAGCAGAACCGAGCUGCCUCUGUGAUGGAGGACCACUGGCUCCACACUGUGAGGAUGUUUCCUGCUUUACUUCCUGCUGCAGCCGCCGGGCCCCCAUCCCCCCCCCCCCGUCCUCUUCCACUGCCGCGUCUGACGGCGCCACCAAACCACCCGACCCGGUCCAGAGGUGCCUGCAUGACCGGCGCCGGCCCGAGCCGGAGAUUCUGCUGCAUGUCUGUGUUUUUCUGUUACGGACCCACUGGAUUGGUUCUGACACUGGAGGGCCUCUGCUUAACGAGGCUCGUUAACGAGGCUGCUUAACGAGGCUCGUUAACGAGGCUGCUUAACGAGGCUCGUUAAGCUGCUGCUGAUGCACUUUGAGCUCUUGUUUCGUCACUGGAGUCGCUUUACUGGGAGAACCCAGCCAAGUCCAGGAAACGCUGUUCUGGUUCCACCCGGGUCCAAAUCAAAGCUGUUCGCUGCGCACAGGAAGAUCACUCAUGAUGGAAAAAGGUUUUUAUUUGUGAGCAGCUGGAAGUCUGUCUCCUUUUUAGUUUUGCUUUUAUUCUAUUAAAAACUUUUAUUUUGCUGACAGUGAAACAUCAUGAAGGGAUUUUAACCCAGCUUCAGUUUAAUCAGUCUUCCUGCAUCAGAUUAUCUGGACCAUGAGGCUUUUCCGGACGCUUUAAUCUGUUUCCUUGUUUAUUUGGUUCCAGCAGACUUUCCUCGCUGCGCUGCGUUGGUUCUAGUUUGGCCCAGAAAGCUUUCAGAAUCUAAGUAGAUUUGUUCUUUCCUGCAUUUAAAGAUGUGAAAACUGACCGUUGUUUCAAAGUGAAUGACUGUGAGGAAACGUUGGAGCUUCAUGUGAGGAAUGUUUGCUGCUCUGAUCAGCGAGCAGCGACAUGACGCGGCUGCAGGGCGCCUGGAGGAGCAGCCUGAGCACGCCGCCGCUGCAUGCAGGACCACUGAGUCCAUCUUCUCUGCUCUACAGCCAUGAUUCAGUUCCUCCUGACGCCACUUCUGCUUUUAACGCUUUCUUCAGACUUGGUGGGUUUAGUCGGCCAUUUUGUGCCUGAAGGUGACGCCGUGCACCAAGCUGCCAGCUCUGAGGAAAGGCGUUACAGCAGCAGGCGGGCGGAGCUGCGAUGUUUAUUCAUCUGUCUGCAGCUGUUACCCUCAGGACCUCAGCUCUGCAGGCUUCACUGUGAAGAACAGGGAGAACCUGCUGAAUGAUUGUAUUUCUACUCCUGUUUAAUGAAGGAUCGUCGUCCUUUCUGUGUUCGGUCAGACCUGAUGAAACUGGAUCGUCUCUACAUCAAAAUAAAAUGUUUUACUGUAAA